AUGGGCAGCCGGCCCCGUAGUCCCAGCGCUUCCCCUGACGAUCUGUGGGGACCGCAGGCUGGAGGACCCGGCCCAGCCAAACGCCGCCGAACCGAGGAGCUGGAGUUUCCGGAGUCCAAGUCCGAAUUUGAGCCUGAGCCUGAGCCGGAGUUCGAGUCCGAGGUGGGACCCAGCCUGGCCGACGGGAUGGAGCCCCCUAUAGAGUGCCCGCCCACGGCCCAGCUGGUUGUGCCCGCUGGCUUUGCCCUGCACCUGCCUCUAGAGCACGUCGACCUGCUGCUGGAGCCGAACUCCAUGUCCAUGGUGCAAGUGUCUCUCGGAGAUCAAAUCCUCAUGCUGGUCCCCGAGGCUCUCCUGGACUCGGAUGUGGAAGCGCCGAGGGUACAGAUCCUGGAACCGGCUGCUGUCCUGAGCCUUCCCGGUGAGUACAUGGCCCUGGAGCCUGAAUUCUGCCCAGCUGUGCAAGAGAUCGCCCUCCAAGAAGAGGCCAAUGAGGACGACGCUGACCUGCACACCAACUUCCCGUGGCCUUGGAUGGAUGCUACAGGCAGCCCCAUCUCUGUUCUCCGUGACCCAGAGCUGCAGGGCUCCUUCCUAGAGCCCCGGUGUCAAGAGACCAACCUUAGUCCAGAGAAAGGCUCUUCUCACCACGACGAUUACCUGGACUUGCACCUGCAAGAGGCCUUCCACGACUCCCCACUUCAGCCUCUACCACCUUCUCUUAGUCCUGGACCCGUGGAGCGCCCGAAGCGUCCUCAGGGUCCUCCUUGCAAGGCACGGAGAAGCCUGAUCUUGCAAUGA